GAUAACAAUUAAACAUUUACUAAAUAAUACUGAUAACAUUUGAUGUAUUAAAAAAAUGGUCUUACAUCAAACAUUCUAGUCUGUCUGCGAAUAUCCACCUUGUGUUAGAGAUAAAAUAAAAAUAAAAACGACGUGCCCACUCGGGAGAGUGAGAUGGGUAGAUAUGACCAGCUGAAAUGGGCGGGUGGGACAAGAUAACGACAUGGUACCUCCUUAUUAGACCAGGCCACUGGGUGCGUCUAAAAUGAGUUCAUUACAACUUCAGUAAGAGAGGAGAACAAGCUGCUACCAAGUGUUUGGAAUAUCAGCAUAUCCAUGGAGGAGAGGGAAGAAAGACAAGAGCCUGCAACAGGUUCACACUUUGUGGGCAAGAAGGAGGACCUGAUAAAAGCCAAGCGGUCGUUCAGGACCGUGGAGGGCCGGGACAUACUUGUGCUCUAUCACCAGGAGAUAUUCUACGCUCUGGACUUCCACAGCUACCAUGCUGGAGGACCAUUGCAAAAUGGAGACAUAGAGGAAUUUGACGGCAAACUGUGCAUUGUGUGUCCAAAGCACAAGUUCAAGAUCUCUCUCGCGAAGGGGGAGAGCAUCUAUAGGGCCACCAACCCCUAUGACCCUGUGCCGACACCAAGGUGGUACUCCAAGGGCAUCAAGCAAAGAAUCCACACGGUGACCGAAAUCUAAGGCCACAACCUCCUGAUGGACUGAUUGGCUGCAUGUCAAUAGUCUAAAGUUGCUUCCUCUCCUCGCUUUCUCAUCUGCACUGAUCUGAAGGGAAGGUGAAAGAGGGAAGGAGGCCUGGAGAGGAUGCCACGUCAAACUAUUAAUAUACAGUUGGGAGUUUUCCUGAAGUUUACUUGUAUUCAAAUGGGGAUGAAGUAUUUAUGGCAACCCCGACCUUUGACAUUUGAUUCAUGUCCAGAUGCGUAAGUGGCAAAUCAGAUCACUGACAUAAAAAUGCUAAAGGCAGGAUUUGACUGAACUAAAAACGACUAACUACAUGUCUCUGUCCUUAAUGUGUGGGGUAGGGGUUUCUGCUUUUUUUGUUAAACAUUUGACUUGUAGCUCCUUCUCAAGUUGGAUGAGUUAAGUCUACCUGGAAACACAGGAGGUUGGUGGCACCUUAAUUUGGGAGGGCAGGCUCGUAAUCAUGGCUGGAGCGGUUUCCAUGUGUUUGAUGCCAUUCCAUUUGUUCCGUUCCAGCCAUUAUCACGAGCCUGCCCUCCCCAAUUAAGGUGCCACCAACUUCCUGUGUUUCCAGGUAGAUUUAACUCAUCUGACUUGAGAAGGAGCUACAAGUCAAAUGUGAAUUAUUAUUUGUAUUUCAUUAUCAAAUGUCCAUUAUUAUUUAUAUUUAUUAAGGAUCCCCAUUAGUUCCUGCCAAGGCAGCACUACUCUUCCCGGGGUCCAGCCAAAUUAAGGCAGUUAUACAAUUUGAAAAACAUUACAAUACAUUCACAGAUUUCACAACACACUGUGUGCCCUCAGGCCCCUACUCCACCACUACCACAUAUCUACAAUACAAAAUCGUACGUGUGUGUAUAGUGCAUAUGUUAUCGUGUGUGUGUGUGUGCAUGUGCAUGUGUCUGUGCCUAUGUUAUGAGCCGUCCUCCCCUCAGCAGCUUCCUCUGCCUGAAAAGCACAAGACUCCUGUGGUUCAGAUAAUAAAAUGAGUGCUGAUGGCUUGUUUUCCUCUGGUUUAGAUGUGUACAGAUGUAGAAUCUUAAUUUAAGCAGUUACUCACAGCAGGAAAGUAAUCUCUCAGCAACAGGAAAUAUGAAUUAGUAUGUGGAUUAUAAUGAUACUUUUUGCAUGGAUUGAUACAUUUUUAGUUUGGGCAAAUCAAGUUUGACUUUUUAAAGUGGAAAUUACAAAUUUUAUAAGCUUUUUUAAAACCUUGAAGCCACUAAAAGUUUGUAUUUACUGCUGUGCAGGAUGUUUCCUGCAACAACAGGGUGAUACAAUUAAGAUCCUACAUCUGUAGCAGCCUAUAAUCUAAUGGCUUUAUAUUCCAAUGAGGAUGAGUAAGUAAGUAGGCCCACAUAAAAUGUGUAUUCAGUCCUUUACAGCAGCGUUGAAAUCCCCUCUCUCGUUCUUAGGAAUAGGUACAUAUUGAUAUUGUUACCAUUAAAUUGAAUGUGUGGAAAGGAAAACUAGGCCAUUGAUUCAAACCCCCCCUGAAGUGGUUCUCUAACCUAAUAUAAACCAUUGACAAAAAAAAAACUAA